CCUCACUGUAUCGUCGAAAGCGUGACACGAUGUGCGUGACUCGCCCAAGAGCAGUAGUGCGGCUCACUUCUUUGGGCCACAAGGUAUAUAAGACCACGGAUGUGACUCGCUAAUGGAUGUCCCUGCCUUCGAGCCAGACUAUACACUUCUUUUUGUCGCCACUCUCGUCGCUAUACUUGAAAGCUCAAUCUUGACCGCUCACCCUACCAGCACUACUACUUAGACAUUGCUAAAUAUGGCUUCCUCAUCCACUACACCGUUGCCGCUGCAAGGCAAGAUCGCCCUCGUCACUGGCGGUGGUACGCGUGGGAUCGGCGCAGAUACUGUCAUCGAGCUGGUCAAAGCCGGCGCAAGCGUUGCGAUAGGCUACCGAUCUAGCGCCAACCUCGCCGAAGAGGUUCAAGCCAAUUGCAAGCCGCAUCUUGCUCAAGGCGCUCAAGCCUGGAUCGUCCAGGGUGACAUUUCGGACGCGAGUAGCGCACAAACCUUUGCAAAGGCCGCCCUUGACCUUGUUGGAGGCAAGAUCGACAUCUUGGUGCAGUGCGCAGGAUACAUGUACAUGCACGGAAUUCAUGAGCUCAAGGAAGACUCGUGGAAUGCCCAUCUUGGCGCCAACGUGACGGGUCCGCUGUUCCUGACCCAAGCGUUACUGCCAAACAUUCGGGAUGAUGGCAAGAUCAUCCUCUUCUCCUCCACCCUCACGACCAACUUGGCCAACUUUGCUCCAGGCUACCUCUCCUACCUGGCCUCCAAGGGAGCUCUCGAGCAGGUCGCCCGCAUGCUAGCGCGCGAUCCUUCCAUCUCGGGAGCAGAACGACGCAUCACCACAAACGUCGUCGCUCCAGGACCAGUGGCGACGGAGCUAUUUUUGAGGGGUAAAAGUCAAGAGGUGAUCGAUAGGAUCGCUAGCAGCGCCCCUGCAAAGCGUUUGGGCAAGACGGAAGAAAUCGGAAGCGUUGUUGCUUUCUUGGCAAGCCCUGCUGCUGCUUGGGUCAAUGGUCAGACGCUCCGAGUCAAUGGUGGAUUGAUGGUCUAGUCGAGCUCAACCUGGAUCUUCCUUUGCUGCACGUCCCCACUGAUCGUUCUCCGUACGAGUAGGUACAAUCACACACUCACAAAUUCAUUAGUAGUG